CUGGCAAGCAGGCAGCACGAGCGCGGCAGUAACCAGGAAGUCAGUGUGCUUCGAGGGAGAGGAGGGAGCCAGCGAGGGGAAAGAGGAAGCGCCCGAAGAGAAAGCAAAAGCCGCCCAGGCUGCGCUUCUCUCCCGCUCUCGCUUGAGAGCAUCCUCCUCCUCUUCCUCCUCCUCCUUUUUUUCCUCCUCCUUCUCCUCGCGCUAUUCUCCCGGUUGGCUCCUGCCUUCUCCGCCGGGUGCUGCUGCCGCUGCCAUGGCCCAGGAGAACGGCGAGGACAGCUCCUCCUGGAAGAAACAAGCCGAUGACAUCAACAAGAUCUUCGAGUUCAAGGAGACCUUGGGAACUGGCGCAUUCUCUGAAGUGGUUUUGGCUGAAAACAGGACUACUGGAAAACUAUUUGCAGUCAAAUGCAUCCCAAAGAAAGCACUGAAAGGAAAGGAAAGCAGCAUAGAGAAUGAAAUUGCCGUUCUCAGAAAAAUCAAGCAUGAAAAUAUUGUUGCACUGGAAGACAUCUAUGAGAGUCCAAACCACUUGUAUUUGGUCAUGCAACUAGUAUCUGGAGGUGAGCUGUUUGAUCGCAUUGUGGAGAAAGGAUUUUACACUGAAAAAGAUGCAAGCACUCUGAUACGGCAGGUCUUAGAUGCUGUCUAUUAUCUUCACAGAAUGGGUAUUGUUCACAGAGACCUCAAGCCAGAAAACCUGUUAUACUACAGCCAGGAUGAAGAAUCUAAAAUCAUGAUAAGUGAUUUUGGACUUUCGAAAAUGGAGGGUAAAGGUGAUGUCAUGUCCACAGCUUGUGGCACCCCAGGAUACGUUGCUCCUGAAGUGCUUGCCCAGAAACCCUACAGCAAAGCAGUGGACUGUUGGUCUAUUGGUGUUAUUGCAUAUAUUCUACUCUGUGGGUAUCCUCCAUUCUAUGAUGAAAAUGACUCCAAGCUUUUUGAACAAAUCCUUAAGGCAGAAUAUGAAUUUGACUCCCCUUACUGGGAUGAUAUAUCUGAGUCUGCUAAAGAUUUUAUUCGGAAUUUGAUGGAGAAAGAUCCCAAUAAACGGUAUACCUGUGAGCAGGCAGCCCGACAUCCAUGGAUUGCUGGUGACACGGCCCUCAAUAAAAAUAUCCAUGAAUCCGUCAGUGCUCAGAUUCGCAAGAAUUUUGCAAAAAGCAAAUGGAGACAAGCUUUUAAUGCCACAGCAGUUGUGAGACACAUGAGAAAGUUGCAUCUUGGCAGCAGUUUGGACAGUUCCAAUGUAAGCGUGUCAAGCUCCCUCAGUCUGGCCAGCCCACGAUCUGAUGGACCAGCCAGGAAAGAUUGUAUGUCCCCAUCCACUCUCUGUAGUUUCGCAUCAUCAGCUUCAUCUGGUGUUUCUGCUGUAGGAGAGAGGAGGUCAAGGCAGACCACAGUAACAACUGUGCAUACAGGGACCAAGUGAUCCAGCUGCCUCCCCUCCUCAGGAAGAGGUCAGAGAUGGGGGAAAUUGCUCAGGUGGGCAAGGAGGCAGGCAGGCAAACCUUCUCCCUGGUGAUUUCAUCCUGCAUUGCAAACUCGGCGGAGGACUAGAAGAAAAGAAGGAUUUUUUAAUGGCCAUAUUUUAUACUGCAAUUCUGAAAUGUUGCAUUUAUC